GCAGCGCGCUGAGCUUCAGUUGACAGUAGAGUGUCGUGCUCGGCGGACGCUACUCAUCGCUCCGAGAACUCCUCAUCACACAUCCUCCAAAAUGAGAGAAAUCGUGCACGUCCAGACCGGCCAAUGCGGCAACCAGAUCGGCACAAAGUUCUGGGAGAUCAUUAGUGACGAGCACGGGCUGACGGCGGCUGGGACCCUACGAGAAAAUGUUCCUCAGGACGUCCGGGAUCUGCAGCUCGAAAGGAUCAAUGUUUACUACAGCGAGGGCGCCCCGGGCAAAUACGUCCCCCGAGCCAUCCUGGUGGACCUCGAGCCCGGGACGAUGGACUCGGUGAAGGCAGGCACUCUCGGGGAACUCUUCAAGCCCAGCCAUUUCGUCUUCGGUCAGAGCGGCGCAGGCAACAACUGGGCCAAGGGACACUACACUGAGGGCGCCGAACUCGUGGACUCCGUGCUCGACGUGGUGAGGAAGGAGGCCGAGAACUGCGACUGCCUGCAAGGCUUCCAGCUGACACACUCCCUGGGCGGCGGCACAGGCUCCGGCAUGGGCACGCUCCUCGUCUCCAAGAUCCGCGAGGAGUUUCCCGACAGGAUCAUGAACACUUUCUCCGUCGUUCCUUCACCUAAGGUCUCCGACACCGUGGUUGAGCCGUACAACGCGACCCUCUCCAUCCACCAGCUGGUCGAGAACACCGACCAGACCUACUGCAUCGACAACGAGGCUCUCUACGACAUCUGCUUCCGAACCCUCAAGCUCAUGAACCCAACCUACGGAGAUCUGAACCACCUGGUGUCGCUCACUAUGUCGGGCGUGACCACCUGCCUGCGCUUCCCUGGCCAACUGAACGCCGACCUCAGGAAACUGGCCGUGAACAUGGUACCGUUCCCUCGCUUGCACUUCUUCAUGCCCGGCUUCGCUCCGCUCACCGCCCGCGGCUCGCAGCAGUACCGCGCCCUCACCGUGCCCGAGCUCACACAGCAGAUGUUCGACGCCAAGAACAUGAUGGCCGCCUGCGACCCGCGCCACGGCCGCUACCUGACCGUGGCCGCCGUGUUCCGAGGCAAGAUGUCCAUGAAGGAGGUGGACGAGCAGAUGUACAACAUCCAGAGCAAGAACUCGUCAUACUUCGUGGAAUGGAUCCCCAACAACGUGAAGACAGCCGUGUGCGACAUCCCGCCGCGAGGCAUCAAGAUGGCGUCCACCUUCAUCGGCAACUCGACCGCCAUCCAGGAGCUGUUCAAGCGCAUCUCGGAGCAGUUCACGGCUAUGUACAAGCGCAAGGCUUUCCUCCAUUGGUACACGGGCGAAGGCAUGGACGAGAUGGAGUUCACGGAGGCCGAGUCCAACAUGAACGACCUGGUAUCCGAGUACCAGCAGUACCAGGAGGCCUCCGUGGACGACGAGGAGGACCUCGGCGACUACGAGGAGGACGCCGAGCAGGACACCGCUUAACUCACCGCCCGCGGCUGCUCACCUCCGUCGGCCGGAACGCAAUUCACGGCGAUCGUUGCUCAUUCAUUAAACUAAAAGUUGCAAUGUUAUUCGUUACGGCAAGUGCACGUCAUCUCUUCCUGAUCAACACUACGACUUGGGACCAGCGCCCCGCCGCCCUCCCGUUCGCCCUGCCCUCUCCCCCGCCCUGCCCCCGCCCCCGCGCUAGUGACGGACGCCGCACCUUUCACGCCAGAUCACGCCCAUAACAUAUCCUAAUGGUCAUGUCGCGCCCUUGACCUUCCCUGCACCUUGCGGGCGGGGGCACCCCCCUCUCUCUGCCGUAGGACCCCAAGGACUCGAUCCCGAAACUCCUCGCGCGGGGGGAGGGCGGCCCCUCCCCUCUCUCUUGACUCCAGCAGGCGGAGGUGUGAAUGCUUCCACUGACAGCAGCGCAGCAGUGCUCUUUUUCUGUUUCUCUGUCUCUUCUCCCUCUUUCCUCCCUUUCUCCCCCAAUAUGUGCUUUAAUCUAUGAAAAUAAUAAUUUAAAAAAUGUAGAAUUAUAUAGCUUUUAUACAAAUGAUUAAACGUUACCAUCACUCCAUCGGCUCCCCCAUCGGCGCGUGUUCGACGAAGCGGCGCCAUCGGCUCGCCGCCCGCAGAGCUUUAGUCAUAACCAGGCGGUCCAGCGAGCCAGCCUCCUCCGCCCACACGAGUUCCUUGCUUGCGUGGGCGUGCGGGUGGGUUGCCGAGGGAGGAAAGAGGGCGGCGGUUGAGUGUCUGCCACGCCCUUGGCCCCCUCGAGCCGCCCGGCCACGCCGCCGCUCGUCUAGUAUGGCACAAAUAAAGUCACAAAAUUUA